GGCGAUUACGAAGAUGUUUGGCCUGGAAGCAUUGGCGUCGGUCGACGUCGGUCCUUCCUUCGCAGUCGGGCUCGUCGUUGCCCUCACCUCGAUGGCGCUGCUCCUGCGCAAGUGGCUCUACCAGGCGCGGCCGCUUACAACCGUCGCGGGCGACCGCAUCGUGUCGCUGGCCAACGACCGGCUUAUGCACACGAUCGUCGUGCCCGCGGUAGCGCCGACAAACACACUCGUGCUUAUCGUGCCCGGCAACCCCGGUGUACCCGGCUUCUACGAGCCCAUGAUGCGCCACCUGCACGCCCUCGGACAUGGCUCGUUCGAGGUCGUCGGCCUCUCGCAUACGGGCCACUCGAUGCCGUGGCUGCACCGGGACGGGACCUUUGACCUCUCGACGCAGAUCGCCGACAAGAUCGCGUACAUCGACGCGCGGCUCAAGGCGAAUCCGCUCCUCGAGCUCGUCCUCGUCGGCCACUCGAUCGGCGCGCACAUUGCGCUUGGCAUGUUCUCGCACUGCCCCCAUCGCGUCUCCAAGGUGGUCUUGCUGCAGCCGGCGGUGAUGCACAUUGCGCAGUCGGCGAGUGGCCAGCGCCUCGGGCCCUUCUUUCGCCUCUUCUACCCCAUCUCGCUGCUCGUGUGGCCCUUUGAGUGGCUUCCGUCGUCGCUUGUCAAGGCGGCCUUGCCCUUCUUCGUCGGGCAAAACACCGUGUUGCAGUCGGCCGCCCACUCGCUGCUCAACCACCACGUCAUCCGCAACAUCCUCAACAUGGCGCGCCACGAGAUGGCCGAGCUCAAGGAUAUUGAUCACGAGCUCAUGGGCGCGUACCAAGACAAGGUGCGCCUCGUCUUCUCCGAGGUCGACAACUGGGUCCCGACGGCGCAUGCGACGCACUUGACGCAGACAUACCCCGAGGUCGUCGCGACCACCGUCGACCUCCCGCACGCCUUCAUGACGGACGCCCGCGGCUCCAACGCCAUGGCCGAAGUCAUCUAUCGCUGGAUGCACGGCAGCAAGUAGAUGAUAGAGUUAAUCGCAUCUUGAGAAUGGAAGCGACAGAGGAUUGUUGAUCUCUAGAUCUGCGAGCACAAACUCGA